ACGAAUGACGUCAACAACCCUUAUUCUGGGCAUAUAUUUUUCAUGUUUGCAAUUGUGCGUGGGCUUGAAGAACAGCCGUCUUUGAACAUUGUGUCUAGGUGCGACGUAAACUUAAAAACCACACUGCGCGUGUACUUUCAGCAAACGAAAAACGCACGCUGUAAUUCUAUAACUGUAACCACUCCCCCAGCUAGCUACUUCGUAUCAACAAGAGGAGAGUCGGCGAUUGUUAGGGUUACAAAUAACACACUCCAGCAAUUUAAACACAACUAGCUGUUGAAGCCGGAUUUGCAUUAACAGCACAAUGUCUGCCCCCACCUCUGCUGCUGUCCCGCCCCCAGCGGGAGAAGGCGAUGGCUCUACACCGCAGCCCCCCCCCAACCUCACCAGCAACCGGCGGCUGCAGCAGACACAAGCCCAAGUGGAUGAGGUGGUGGACAUCAUGCGCGUGAACGUGGACAAGGUCCUGGAGCGGGACCAGAAGCUGUCGGAGCUGGACGACCGGGCCGACGCCCUGCAGGCGGGCGCCUCCCAGUUCGAGACCAGCGCCGCCAAGCUGAAGAGGAAGCACUGGUGGAAGAACCUGAAGAUGAUGAUCAUUCUGGGGGUGAUAUGUGCGAUCAUCCUCAUCAUCAUCAUCGUCUACUUCAGCUCCUAAAAGACACCACGCCCUUAAUUUAAACUUCGACCUCAACAGAAGAUCCCUGAAAUAAAGCUACAGGGAGGAGAAGGGACACGUGCACCUCUGCUGGCUCACUGCCCAUCCUCCUGGCCCUUCUCGCCAGGUUUUUGUUUGUACAUAUACACCCUAGCCUUUCUGAUCUGUAUGAAUAUGACUCCCACUGCUGUCUAUGUAACAGAAACGCAAACAAACAAACAAAAAAAAAACACAGUAAGUCUCGUGGUUGGCUAUAGUUGAAUAGCAGUCAUGAUGUUGUAUAGUUUUACUCUGAGGCGUCUUUUGUAGGUUGUGUGUGUGUGUGUGUGUGUGUGUGUGUGUGUGUGUGUGCGAUUGUGCCUUUUUAAAUGUAACCAUGUCAUUGCCUUUGGCUUGAACUUGUUGCCUGUUGACCAGCGUUGUCCUUCUUGCGGGAAUUAUUGUGCACCUUUCUCUCUGGGAAUUUUGUGAUAUUUUUCUCUACUAUCUUUGCACAAUGGGUUGUUAUAAACCGAAACAUUGGUUUCUAGUGAUAAAUAUUUUCAACCCUCAUCUUUAUCUCGCCAUUUUUAUAGGCGUACAGCUGUGGUGGUUUUUUACCGAGCCUCUCUAGCCUUACUGAAGAAGCAUUUUCUGCUCUCUCCCUUUCUUGGUCUUAAAUCUUGUCCUUUUUGUAAACAUGUAAUUGUGUACUGCAGUUAGAUUUUUUUUCUCAUUGCCGAAACACAAUACUCAAUGAAAGCAGUGUAACUGUAUGCUAUCUAAUUGUAAAUACGUUGUUGAGGACUUUUGUGUGUGUGCAGGGUAACUAUAUUGUAAAUGUGUGAUAACUGGCAAGUGGCAAUGAUGUCCCUGUAAAACAAAUUCCAAUUUUCUGAAUUAUCAUUUGAAAAUUGCAAGUGGGCCCCUUUUAAAAUGUUUUUGCUCUUCUGUGGACACCUGCAUGUAACCAGCUUCUCUUCACUGCACAGCACACACCAUUGGUUAGCUACAGUGUACAGAGUGAAAAGUACUCUCUUCCACUGCAGUCAACUGUGGAUCCAGGGCUAUGCAGCUGCUUGUUGCAUAAUCUUCUGAACGACUGCAUACUGAACAUAACUUAGUUGAAAAUGGGAGGUGGACAGGACUUUUUUGCUUUCAGUACAUGGACAGCUGCUUUAACUCUGAACAUUGAAGUUGAGUCCGGUCCUGAUUCGAAUAAGCUGCUAAUGGAGGUUUAAUCUGGUAGUAUACAUUUUUCGUUUUUUUUUUCCGGCCUGUCAGACCAGGACGGCUCGACAGGCACCUGAGUUACCGUCCUGGGUCAACCGCCUCUUUGGCGGUCUGCAGAUUACGCGGCCGUGGUGCGUAUGUCUUAGCAUGAUAAAAUGGGGCUGUCCUGCGGCCUUUCGUCUGUCCCGAUGAUACACGGUCCAGUCUGAGUAAUCUCUCCCCCACCCUGCGCUUCUGUGACAGUGCUUCUCACCCUAAACGACGUUACCCCCUCAAACAAAGUAAAGUUAUUUUAAUAGGAUACCUCCUGCUGGUGUUGCAGAUGCUGCUGUGUUGGUGAUUGGUGGCAGCCUUGUAGCUUAAAUGGUCGCCUUGUCUGUCGUUUGUUUUAUGGAGGGCUGUCUUGCUCUCGCAAGAGAGAUGCCGCUCCAUACCCCUUUCAUCAAUAGCCUAACUAGAUUAGCUAGCUUAGAGCAGCAGCCCACCCAAACAGACACAAACCACAUUUUUACAAAUUGACACGGAAAUUGCCAUAAAAAAAAAAAUAAAUAAAUGAAUAACAGAGAAAAUGAAAACUCUUACUGUGUACUACUGGAUGCUAGAAAAAUUUUGUUGCCUGUUAAUUCAACCCAUCUUCAAAAUGCUAUUCAAAUUGCGCAUUACAAUUUUAGGAAGAAAGCGUUUGCUAUGGGCUGUCGAUCAAAGAUUGAUAACUGGCUAACUGACCCUGCUCCACCCUCAGUGCUGUGGACCAUUUGAGACGCACAUAUUUCUAGCUGUACGACUGAGAAUUGACUGAAAAAUACUUUGCUGAAAUCACAAAGAAGGGGUUUGCGAAAUAAACGUUAUCCUCUGCCUUAGGUUAAAAAGGGAUGCAAAUUAUUUAACUGACAAAAAAAAACAUGAAGGUGUUUCGUAAUUUAAAAAAAAAUGUGGUUAUUGUAUGGACUAUGACACAGUUCUGCCCUGGAACUUGGGUUACCCUCUGUGUGUGUGUGUGUGUGUGUUUCUUGUGAUAUGUGACAACCCAAUAAACGGAAUGGAUGCCUGA